AUGCCAAGUGCCAGAUGGCAGGAUGUUCCAGAUGAUGAUAACCCUCCUGUCUCAUUUGUGAAGUUUUCUCCAAAUGGAAAGUACAUUCUAGCUGCGACACUGGACAAUACGUUAAAGCUCUGGGACUACAGCAAGGGAAAGUGUCUCAAAACAUAUACUGGACAUAAGAAUGAAAAGUAUUGUGUGUUUGCCAAUUUUUCUGUGACUGGAGGAAAGUGGAUCGUCUCAGGCUCUGAAGACAACAUGGUGUAUAUCUGGAACUUGCAGUCCAAAGAAAUUGUUCAGAAACUGCAAGGGCACACAGAUGUAGUGAUCUCGACAGCUUGUCACCCUACAGAGAACAUCAUUGCCUCUGCAGCCCUGGAGAACGACAAGACCAUCAAACUGUGGAAAAGUGAUUGUUAAGUUAAAGCACUGCACUUCAGAGGCUUUAGUAGAAACUUCAGAAUGAUGACUUCCAGUAGUGUCUGUCUUUUACAAUGGUUUGAUAGCACUUAGUGCAGGGUUAUUAUCUGAGAGAUGGGCAGGUCCUGUCUGCUCAGAAUAGCGACAAUCUCACUCGAUCCUUUUCCCCUUUAUAUACUCAAAUAAUCUACUGUAAUGUUUUCAGUUCAUUUUAAUUUAUUACUGAAGAACAAAUGUUUUCUAUCAAA